AUGGAGGCCGCCGCGGCCACGGCCACGUCGCUCCGCCCCUUCCGAGGAUCGCCCGUCAACGCCGCGAGGGCGGGCUGGCGGCGCGCGCCCUUGCGGCCGAGGCUCUCCGUGGUGGCGAGGCUGGAGGGGGGCCUGGGGAAGGGCGUGCCCACCACCAACUACGUCGUCCCGCUCGACAAGCCCACCGGGAUGACCCGCCCGCUCGUCGAGAUCCUCCGGGACCUCAACAAGCGCGUCCCCGACAAGAUCAUCGACCCCGACACCAACACCGUACCCUGGUAUCAUGCCAAUAGAAUGCUGAGUUUUUACGCACCAGGUUGGUGUGGUGAAGUUCGCGAUGUUAUUUAUUCUAACAAUGGAACUGUGACUGUGGUCUAUCGAGUGAUUCUGAAAGGAACCGAUGGAGAGGCUUUCCGAGACGCCACAGGCACAGCAAAGGUGCAUGAGGGGCGUAGCGACGACGCUGUCGCGGCUGCAGAGGAAACAGCCUUCAGCAAGGCCUGUGCACGGUUUGGUUUUGGCCUAUACCUGUACCACCAGGACGAGAUCCCAUAGGGAGGAUGCCAGCUUUCAGGCACGUUGGUGUAGGAACUCUCUGGGAGUUUGGAAUUUUUUUAGACUGCUGUGAAUCAUGCUUUCCCUGGGGCUUAUGCAAGAAGCCUGUAAAUUGUUCUUCUGUUACGGUCUCUGGUGGUCUCUGGUGUUAUCAGCCUCGCCUGCCAGAAUUCGUCCAGUUAUUAGAGAUAAAACAAAAGGAACAUUAAAGAUGUAUUUUUCCCGCUUACGUUUUGAUAGAAAAUUUCUUUUUUUCCUUUUACUUUUUGUUAGAAACUUUCUCUUGUAGUAACAGUCAAGCACAUUUUACCAGCCAAAUUGUACUUAUAGUUUCAAGACUUUUGUCCAUGUCUAAAAUCCUUUGAAAGACCGGAUGGAAUAUAUCACUUCUUAUAAA